AUGGGCUGGGUUCACAAUGCCACCCCGGAGGUGAACGCACAGUCGAAUUAUCCUACGAUAUUGGGAGUAUGUUUCUCUCUCACCGGGGCCAUGAUGGUCGUCGUGUGUCUUCGUCUCUAUAUCCGGAUUCGAUCUCGUCGUAUGGCCGUCGAUGACUACGUGAUGAUUGUCACGAUGUUGAAUUUCGCCGGUCGACCGUUCUAUCAGAUGGGCAUAGCUGGAUUCAAGGCGGCGCUAUGCCUCAGCUAUCUGCGUCUCUUGUCGGGCACAUCGAAGAAACUAUACCGGGCCGUGAUCUGGGCUGUUUUGAUUAUCUCCACGUUGGGACACUUUGCUGCGACACUGGUUCUCAUUUUUAACUGUCGUCCGGUUCAAAAAUCGUGGGAUCCGACCACCGAAGGAACAUGUCUUCCCUUCGGAGCCACCAACUACGCUCUCGUGGCGUGGACGAUACUCUGCGACGUGGUCAUCAUCUUCCUGCCCAUUCCACUCUUGCUGGAACUAAACGUCAAGCCGGCGCAGAAGGCGGGUCUGCUGUGUUUGUUCCUUCUGGGGCUGUUCACCACCGUCUGUUCAAUUCUCCGACUCACCCAGAUCAGCGUGAUCGCCUACGGGGACGGAAAUUCCACGAUGCUCGUGCUCUGGGGCACGAUCGAGUUCAAUGUCGGCAAUAUUAUUACGUGCUUACCUUUCCUCGGCCCUCUACUCAAAGGGUUCGUCAGCGAUUUUCAGUCCCGAAGCGCCUCCAAAGGAAAAUACCGCACCGACUCGCACUACGUCCUGCAGUCCUACUCAAAGGAUGACCGGCUGCACGGUACCAACGUCUCCAACGUCUCUCAGAUCGCGUCCUCAAAACCGAAACGGACUCCCAGUGAGGAACUGAUCCUAGACAACGGCAGCGAUUCCGAGACCACCGGCAACAACGGCGCCAUCAAAAUGACAGUGGAGUAUCGCGUCUCCAUUGAUCGAGAGGAGAGCCGUUGA